AUGGCUUCACUCGCUAGAAAAAGUGAUUUUUUGGGGGAAAUUGUACGAUUUUACGACGAACAAUUAAUAAGAGCGAUUAUAAAUAAAAUAAACAACGAACAAGUUGCUCCAUUAAAUUCUCAACGAGAUGACUAUCACUAUCCACAGCAACAGCAACAGCAACAGCAACAAUUUCAAUAUCAACCGUCAAAUCGGCGACAACCCGGUUAUGGUGAAAGACCGCGGGACAGACGAUAA